AUGGCAUCGCAGGAAGCGCCCGUGGUGACGGCGGCGGCGGCGGCGGCGGAACCGCUCAAGGUUCCCCUCGAGGCACCGACGCCCGAGAGCACGCCGGAGCCCCGUCCGGAUCUCACACCCGACCAGCAGGCCAAGUACACGACGCUGCUCGAACGGGCGAGGGCCAUCAGCGAGGUCAAGUGCACCAGCAAGGGCAAGCACUCGGGCCCCCUGGCGGAGCACGAGCGCGCCUGGCUCACACGCGAGUGCAUCCUGCGCUACCUCCGGGCGACGGACUGGGCCGUCGAGCUGUCGGAGCAGCGGCUACGCGACACGCUCGCCUGGCGGCGCGAGUACGGCCUCGACGGCUUCACGCCCGAGUACAUCUCGCCGGAGCAGGAGACGGGCAAGCAAGUCAUCCUGGGCUUCGACCGGCACGCCCGGCCGUGCCAGUACCUCAACCCGGGGCGGCAGAACACCGACCCCAGCCCCCGCCAGAUCCAUCACCUGUUCUACAUGGUCGAGCGCGUCACCGACAUGAUGCCCCCCGGCGUCGAGAAGCUCAACCUCAUGAUCAACUUCAAGCCCAGCGCGAAGCGGCAGAACACGUCCGUGCCCGUGUCGACGGCCAGGGAGGUGCUGCAUAUCUUGCAGAGCCACUAUCCCGAGCGGCUGGGCAAGGCGCUCAUCAUCAACGUCCCUUGGUACGUGCGAGGCUUCUUCAAAAUCAUCCAGCCGUUCAUGCAUCCCGUCACGCGCGAGAAGCUCAAGUUCAACGAGGACAUGAGGCGGUUUGUGCCGGCGGCGCAGCUGUGGAGCGCCGACUGGGACGGAGAACUCGACUUUGAGUACGACCACGCCGUCUACUGGCCUGCCCUGAACGACUUGUGUCGCCGCAGGCGGGACGAGAGGCUGGCCAGGUGGAGGGCCGCGGGGAGCCAAGUCGGCGAGUCGGAGUAUUACCUUGGCGGCGGAACCGACGUGAGCGUCUCCGGGUUCAAGUACACCGGCGGCGGCAACGUGAGCCUUGUCGAGGAGAAGAUGGCGGUGGCGGCGACGCUGGAGAGUGGAGGAGCGCAUCAGGUUGUCGCCGCGUAG